UUGUUUAGAAUAACUUGAUGAUAUCAUUGUCUUUUCUACAAACUUUGACCAACAUGUGAAAAAGCUGAGAGCUGUGUUUAAUUUAGCAGACUUAGUGCUGCUGGGUUGAACUUAAAGUCAAGCAAAUGCUGCUUUGGGCAGAAAUCGGUUAAUAAUUUGGCUCAUAUAGUCGAAAUGGAAGGAUUACAACCUGAUCAGAGGAUAGUGCAAGCAAUUAUGGGCUUUCCAUGGCCAGUGGAUGGUACCAGAGUAUGUCUGUUUUUGGGCUAGCAUGAUGUUAUUGCCGCUUCAUUCCACACUUUUCGCCUUUUGCAGCUCCGUUGUUUAAGACGCAAGGUAGUGGUCCUAUGUCCUAGGCUAAACAGGUGCAGUUGAGAGCUAUCUAGCAACUACUGUAAAGUGUCAACAAAAAGAGAUGCCAGCAAAGAAAGCUAAAGCGGCUUUGCAGACUGUUACAGUUGGAGGACCAUUUGAAAUGCUUGAGAUGGAAUUUCUAGGACCUUUACCAACAACAGAACAAGGCAACAAGUACAUUUCGGUUGUUGCGGACUACUUCACCAAGUGGACUGAAGCAUUUCCGUUACAAGAUCAAACGGCAAAGACAACAGCAGAGACCUUAAUAAAAUGAGGUCAUCACGCGAUUAUUUGGCAUGCCCAUAGUUCUGCAUAGUGACCAAGGACGCAAUUUUGAAAGCGCUCCUGUUCGUGAAGUAUGCAAACUCUCGGAAAUUCGUAAGUAAUGAACUGCAGCAUAUCAUCAACAAGGUGAUGGGCUUGUUCAUCGAAUGAACAAGACUUUGGUAGAGUCUUUGUCCAAGUAUGUAGACAUCCAUCAGGAGGAUUGGAACAAGCGGACAGCAACUGUAUUGUUUGCAUAUCGCACUUUAGCACAGAGUUCUACUGGGUACAGUCAUUAUGAAUUAUUGUUUGGAAGAACAGCACGGUUGCCAGUGGAUACACAACUGCAUCAGCAACUCCCUUCGCCCGAUACAACAGAUGAGUACUUGAGCAAGAUGAAAGGAAACCUGAGACAAUCUAGAGAGAUUUUAGAUCAAGAGGUCACUGCAGCUCAAGACAGGCAGCACACGAAUUAUGGUGGAAGUAAAGUAGCUCUAUAUGAAGUAGGUGAGUUUGUGUUGCUGCUUAGUCCAGCAUUGACGGGAGGUACUGUCUCGAAGUUGUACUGCUCUUACCAAGGACCGUAUCAAGUCAUGAGGCAAGUAGGCAUAACUACGAGAUCUAAAAGGUGGGAGAAAGAAAGAGAAAGGGAAAACGUAUUCAUAGUAACGCACUAGAGGUGUUCUACAGAAGAGCUCGAGAAGAGGAAUUACCAGCAGAUCAGGAGACCGAGCAACAUGAGCAGCAAGGCAGCAAUCCAGGAAAAUGGGUAAAUUAAGAACCAGAUGUCAUUCAUAUCUUGGUAGAAGAUUAGCAGCAGAUACCACAGCACUGUUAGAGGCAGAGGAGGCAGUUGCAGUAGCAGAAGAACCAACAGUACCUGCCAGACUACAUAGACAAAUGCAAUUGCCAAAGUGCUUGCAAGAUUAUGACUGCAGUUAGUUGCAAUUUCUCUGCUAUUGUUGAGUUGUGUUGUGUUACUAUUGUUUGAGACUUGAAGUAGCAGUAAUAUAGCCGUUUUCUUGGUUAAAAUAUUGGAACUUUGGUGGGGACGCUUUUGAAAAGAGAGGAACCUGAAUUAACAGGAAGGAAUGUAAUGUAGUAGAUUGUUUAACAGCUAGAGUUGCUAAUUAGAUUAGUAUUGUAUUUAGUAGACAUUGAAAGAAUAGAUUGCCUUCUUAGUCAA